ACAACCUCACAUCCUCCAUCCACCAUGGCCUUAAACGCCUACCUCAACAAAAAAGUCUCCGUCCUCACACUCGACGGUCGCACAAUGGUCGGAACCCUCCUCUCAUGCGACGGCUCCAUGAACAUCGUCCUCGCCGACGCAGUCGAACGCAUCAUCCGGCCCCUCGACGACGAAGGCACGCCGAGCGAAGAGGUCCCGCUGGGCCUGUACAUCAUAAGAGGGGAUAGCGUGGCGCUGUGUGGGCGGGUGGAUCUGGAGGUCGAUGGGCAGAUUAAUUGGGAGAAGGUGCAUGGGGAUGUGAUUGGGACGACGAAACAUUUUUGAGGGCGAGGGACUGUGUGCGCGGGGAAUUUGGAGUUUUGGGAGGGAGGGGAAGAUACUGGGGGAAGAGCUUGCGCGUGUAGGAGCUUUAGCCUGGGGAUGGAGGGAGAAGGAGCAUAAAGGGCCUGAAAAUGAUACCCACGAGCGAAUAGAGAUAUACGGAGCGUAUGUCAACACUUCAAUAUUGACGGACGGAGAGCUGGUUGUAAUUGCUAAUCUUCGCAUUUCGAGAGCGAGAGAGAGAAUGGCCCGCUGGAAAUUUUGUAAUGAUCAAUUGAAAUUAUGGAACAACGUCAGGGACCUGCAAUGAUGCGUGCCGUGCCACACACCCGUGAAAGAGAAGCAAAGAAAGAAA